AUGCAUGGGCAAUUUGGCACUAGACGCUACCUACAAACAUGGCCUACGGCCCAGAGAAAGACGACACACGGCUUCAACGCCAUUCGCGGACCAUCCCACUCGACCGUUGUUAUUAGUCUUGGGUUUCGUCUAGGCGGUUUCUUUGGAUACCAACUCGUGCCCUCAACUCCAAGCUUGUUACUGCAUCAUUCGAAUUUCCGCCGCCGGGUUCGGCUUAAAGGUUCAAGAAUAGCCCAGCAACAUCAGACCUUCUUAACGUCGAACCACCUCGUCAGGCUACCGAAUGCGAGUUACAAGUCGCAUCAUUUCAGCGACACAAUCAGCCGGCGACAGUUGCAUCUCGUGUACAGUGCGGCAGAAACAAGCUCCAUCAGAAAGAAUCAAGGCUUGGUGAUUACUCGCCGGCGGCAUAUACCAGUUGCGAAGCAGACAGGCAAAGCCUUAUUUUUGUUGAGACAUCACGAGGGCGCCAUUGGCCAACCACGACCAUAA